GCUACAAUCUCAAGGGGAAUUUGGACUGUCCCAGCUGUGAGCUGUACAGGUUCCAGACUCUUCUGUUCAUCCCCUGCUUUAGUAAAUUGGACAUCUGUGACCAUCAAAAUGUCGCAAAAAGCGAUGAGUGAAGAUGAAAAAUUCCUUUUUUUGGACAAAAACUUCUUGAACAGCCCACUUGCCCAGGCCGACUGGACGGCUAAAAAAUUGGUCUGGGUUCCUUCAGAAAAACAUGGAUUUGAAGCGGCCAGUAUUAAAGAAGAGAAAGGUGACGAAGUGCUGAUUGAACUGGCUGAAAAUGGGAAGAAAGUUACCAUAAGCAAGGAUGAUGUCCAAAAGAUGAACCCCCCUAAAUUCUCAAAAGUGGAGGACAUGGCGGAACUCACCUGUCUCAAUGAAGCAUCUGUGCUGCACAACCUGAGAGAGAGAUACUUCUCCGGCCUUAUCUACACAUACUCUGGGCUUUUCUGUGUUGUGGUCAAUCCCUACAAAUUUCUUCCAAUUUAUUCAGAGAAGAUCAUCGACAUGUACAAAGGGAAAAAAAGACAUGAAAUGCCACCCCAUAUCUAUGCUAUAGCAGAUACUGCAUAUAGGAGUAUGUUACAAGAUCGUGAAGAUCAGUCCAUUCUGUGCACAGGUGAAUCAGGCGCAGGAAAAACAGAAAACACCAAGAAAGUCAUUCAAUAUCUGGCUGUUGUGGCCUCCUCACACAAAGGGAAAAAAGAUGCCACUAUUACUCAAGGCCCAUCUUUUGCUUACGGAGAGCUGGAAAAACAGCUUCUUCAGGCCAAUCCCAUCCUUGAAGCGUUUGGUAAUGCCAAAACUGUGAAGAAUGACAACUCCUCAAGAUUUGGUAAAUUUAUUCGGAUAAACUUCGAUGUGACUGGCUACAUUGUAGGAGCUAACAUAGAGACCUAUUUGCUUGAAAAAUCCCGUGCUAUUCGACAAGCUAGAGACGAGAGGACCUUCCACAUAUUUUACUAUCUGCUUGCUGGUGCCAGGCCUGAAUGGAAAGAGGAGUUGUUGCUAGAAGGUUUUGGAAAUUAUACAUUUUUUUCCCAUGGCUAUGUACCAGUUCCUGCACAGGACGACGGAGACAUGUUUAGUGAAACACUUGAAGCAAUGGGUAUUAUGGGCUUCGUUGAGGAUGAACAGCUAUCUAUGAUGAAAGUGGUUUCAUCAGUCCUACAACUUGGUAACAUUAUAUUCAAGAGGGAAAGAAACACAGACCAAGCUUCCAUGCCAGAUGACACAGCUGCUCAAAAAGUGUGUCACCUCAUGGGAAUCAAUGUGACAGAUUUCACAAGAGCUAUCCUCACCCCUCGUAUCAAAGUGGGAAGGGAUCUUGUUCAAAAAGCCCAAACUAAAGAGCAAGCCGACUUCGCCAUUGAGGCUUUAGCAAAAGCAACAUAUGAACGUCUUUUCCUCUGGUUGCUAAAUCGAGUCAACAAAGCUCUAGACAAGACUAAGCGUCAAGGAGCCUCUUUCCUCGGUAUCCUUGAUAUUGCUGGAUUUGAAAUAUUUGAGGUCAACUCAUUUGAGCAGCUAUGCAUCAACUACACGAAUGAAAAGCUUCAGCAACUUUUCAACCACACCAUGUUCAUCUUGGAGCAGGAAGAAUACCAGAGAGAAGGAAUUGAAUGGAACUUCAUUGAUUUUGGACUUGAUUUGCAACCCUGCAUAGAACUUAUUGAGAGGCCUAAUAACCCACCUGGUGUUCUGGCUCUUCUGGAUGAAGAAUGUUGGUUCCCCAAAGCCACAGAUGUCUCUUUUGUUGAGAAGUUAAUACAAGAACAAGGAAGCCACAUAAAAUUCCAGAAACCUAAACAGCUUAAGGACAAAACCAUAUUCACUUUACUUCAUUAUGCAGGAAAGGUUGACUAUGAUGCUACAAACUGGUUGACCAAAAAUAUGGACCCACUGAAUGACAAUGUGACAGCUUUAUUGAAUCAGUCUUGCGAUAAAUUUGUUGCAGAUCUUUGGAAAGAUGUUGACCGAAUUGUUGGCCUGGACCAGAUGGCCAAAAUGACUGAAAGUUCACUCCCAAGUGCCUCAAAAACCAAAAAAGGCAUGUUCCGUACUGUUGGGCAACUUUACAAGGAACAGUUGGGCAAACUGAUGACAACAUUAAGAAACACCAGUCCCAACUUUGUCCGUUGUAUUAUUCCCAAUCACGAGAAACGGUCAGGAAAACUUGAUGCCCACCUUGUGCUAGAGCAGUUGAGAUGCAAUGGUGUCUUGGAAGGGAUCAGAAUUUGCCGUCAAGGAUUCCCUAACAGAAUUGUUUUCCAGGAGUUCCGUCAACGAUAUGAGAUCCUUGCCGCAGGCUCGAUUCCUAAAGGCUUUAUGGAUGGCAAGCAAGCCAGUGUGCUUAUGAUCAAAGCUUUAGAACUUGAUCCGAAUUUGUACAGGGUCGGUCAAAGUAAAAUCUUCUUCAGAACUGGUGUCUUGGCCCAUCUGGAAGAGGAACGUGAUUUGAAGAUAACUGAUAUCAUCAUUGCCUUCCAAGCUCAAAGUCGUGGUUAUCUUGCACGAAAGGCUUUUGCAAAGAGACAGCAACAAUUAACUGCAAUGAGGGUGAUUCAGAGAAACUGUGCGGCUUAUCUAAAGCUCAGAAACUGGCAGUGGUGGAGGCUCUUCACCAAAGUCAAGCCUCUCCUUCAAGUCACCCGCCAAGAAGAAGAAAUGCAGGCCAAAGAUGAUGAGCUUCAACAAGUUAACGAAAGAUACCACAGAACAGAGAUCGAAUUGAAAGAGAUACAGAUGAAGCACAUCCAGUUGACAGAAGAGAGGAAUAGUCUUCAGGAGCAGCUUCAAGCAGAGACCGAGCUGUUUGCGGAAGCUGAGGAGAUGCGCAUACGAUUGCAAGCCAAAAAACAGGAGCUAGAAGAGAUUCUUCAUGAAAUGGAAGUCAGGAUUGAGGAGGAGGAAGAGAGAGGACAACAGCUUCAAGGCGAAAAGAAAAAAAUGUUGCAGCAGAUGCAGGAUCUUGAAGAACAACUAGAGGAAGAAGAGGCUGCCAGACAGAAACUGCAGCUAGAGAAGGUGACUGCUGAGGCCAAGAUAAAGAAACUGGAAGAUGACGUUCUUGUGAUGGAUGACCAAAAUAAUAAAUUAGUAAAGGAAAGGAAACUCCUUGAAGAGAGAGUGAGUGAUCUUACAUCUAAUUUGGCUGAAGAAGAAGAAAAAGCAAAGAAUCUGACCAAAUUAAAAAACAAGCAUGAAUCAAUGAUUUCAGAACUGGAAGUGCGUCUAAAGAAAGAAGAAAAAGGCAGACAAGAACUGGAUAAAAUAAAGAGGAAGCUCGAAGGAGAAUCAAGUGAUCUUCAUGAGCAAAUAGCAGACCUGCAAGCACAAAUUGCUGAACUCAAGCUACAGUUAGCCAAAAAAGAAGAGGAGCUACAGGCUGCCCUUGCCAAGCUUGAAGAUGAACUUGCUCAGAAAAAUAAUGCCCUAAAGAAAAUCCGGGAGCUGGAGUCUCAUAUCUCUGACCUUCAGGAAGACUUGGAGUCAGAAAGGGCAGCAAGAAAUAAGGCAGAGAAAUUAAAGAGGGAUUUGGGCGAGGAGUUGGAGGCCCUAAAAACAGAGCUGGAAGACACUCUAGACAGUACAGCUACUCAGCAAGAACUAAGAGCAAAGAGAGAGCAGGAAGUGACAGUUCUGAAGAGGGCAUUGGAUGAAGAGACUCGAACACAUGAGGCCCAGGUCCAGGAGAUGAGACAGAAGCACACUCAGGCUGUAGAAGAGCUAACAGAGCAACUGGAACAAGUCAAAAGGGUGAAAGUCAAUUUGGAAAAGAGCAAACAAGGUUUAGAAAAGGAAACUUCAGAGCUCACCAUAGAAGUCAGAUCUCUGAAUCAAGCCAAGCAAGAGGUAGAACACAAGAAGAAGAAGCUGGAAGUUCAGUUGCAGGAGCUGCAGUCCAAAUAUACAGAAGGAGAGCGCUUCAGGAGUGAACUCACUGAUAAAUCAAGCAGACUGCAGGUGGAACUGGAAAGUGUCACUGUUUUACUCAGUGAAGCUGAAACCAAGUCUAUCAAGCUUUCAAAGGAUGUUGCAAGUUUGGGAUCCCAACUCCAGGACACUCAGGAGUUACUACAAGAGGAGACUCGACAAAAACUUAAUGUCGCCACCAAGCUCCGCCAGGUAGAGGAUGAGAGAAACGGUCUCCAGGAGCAGCUGGACGAGGAAGCCGAGGCCAAGCAGAACCUAGAACGACACAUCUCUACACUUAAUAUCCAGCUCUCAGACUCUAAGAAGAAAUUGCAAGAUUACAGCAGCACAAUUGAAACACUGGAGGAAGGCAAAAAGAAACUUCUAAGAGAUAUUGAGGGAGUGACCACACAGUUUGAGGAGAAGGCCUCUGCAUAUGACAAACUGGAAAAGACCAAGAACAGACUACAGCAGGAGUUAGACGAUCUUGUAGUUGACCUAGAUAAUCAGCGUCAACUUGUGUCCAACUUGGAGAAGAAACAGAAAAAGUUUGACCAGAUGUUUGCAGAAGAGAAAAAUAUUUCUUCGAAGUAUGCAGAAGAAAGAGAUCGGGCAGAAGCAGAAGCCAGAGAAAAGGAAACCAAAGCCUUGUCAAUAGCUAGGGCUCUCGAUGAAGCUUUACAAUCUAAAGAGGAACUUGAAAGAGUGAACAAGUUACUCAAAGCUGAAAUGGAGGACCUGGUUAGCUCAAAGGAUGAUGUGGGCAAGAAUGUACACGACUUGGAGAAAAACAAACGAGCUCUGGAGCAACAAGUGGAAGAGAUGAAAACGCAGUUAGAGGAGUUGGAAGAUGAACUUCAAGCCACCGAAGAUGCCAAACUUAGACUGGAGGUCAACAUGCAAGCCCUAAAAGCACAAUUUGAGAGAGAUUUGCAAGCAAGAGACGAGCAGAACGAAGAGAAGAGAAGGCAGCUGGUUAAACAGGUCUAUGAAUAUGAAACAGAACUGGAAGAUGAAAGGAAGCAGAGAAAUACAGCAGCUGCUGCCAAGAAGAAGUUAGAAGUUGACCUUAAGGACCUCGAGGGACAGGUUGACUUUGCCAACAAAGGUCGUGAUGAAGCCAUCAAGCAACUCAAAAAAUUACAAGCUCAGAUGAAGGACUUCCAAAGAGAUCUCGAUGAUGCACGUACAGCCAGGGAAGAAAUAUUUGCAACUGCAAGAGAAAAUGAAAAGAAAGCAAAGAGCUUAGAAGCUGAACUUAUACAACUGCAAGAGGACCUUGCUGCAGCUGAGAGGGCAAGAAAACAAUCAGAGCUAGAGAAAGAAGAACUUGCAGAAGAACUGGCUGGAAGUACAUCUGGAAAAUCUGCCCUCCAGGAUGACAAACGUCGCCUGGAAGCAAGAAUUGCUCAGCUAGAAGAAGAGCUUGAAGAGGAACAAACUAAUAUGGAGGGAAUGAGCGACCGUAUGAGAAAAGCUGUGCAACAGACAGAACAAAUAACCAACGAGCUAGCAGCAGAACGUGGCACCGCACAAAAGAAUGAGAGCGCACGGCAGCAGCUGGAGAGACAGAACAAGGAACUAAAGAGUAAAUUGCAAGAAAUGGAGGGAAGUGUCAAAUCCAAAUUUAAGUCCACAAUUUCUGCUCUGGAAGCCAAGAUCUCACAGCUCGAGGAACAAUUAGAACAAGAAGCCAGAGACAAAACAUCAACAGUGAAAACAUUGCGCCAAAAAGACAAAAAGCUUAAGGAAGCUCUAUUGCAAGUGGAAGAUGAACGGAAACAAGCAGAGCAGUACAAAGACCAGGCUGAGAAAGGCAAUGUUAGGCAGAAACAGCUGAAGAGACAAUUGGAAGAGGCAGAGGAAGAAUCUCAACGUAUCAACGCGUCUCGCAGAAAACUACAGCGAGAGUUGGAUGAGGCAACUGAAAGUAACGAUACGCUGACCAGAGAACUCGGUGCACUAAAGAGCAAACUCAGACGGGGGAAUGAACCAUCUUCUUUUGCGCCCGCACGGCGAUCAACAGGGGGCAGGAGAGCAGUAGAUAACACAGCGGAUGGGUCGGAAGAGGAUGCCGAAAUACGGGACGCAGAUUACAACGGAACAAAAGCUAGCGAGUAGUUUUACUCCCUAUCACAUCACCUGCUUUUGGAAUCCUCACUUGUAGAAAAUUAUUUAUACUCUUUAGUUCCAGAGAAGCCUGUAACAAAGUGUUGCAAGCUGCUCUGGCAAUGAAGAGUGAACAUUAGAACACACAUGCUCAUCGUUGACUUCCAAAUGAUAGUCUACAAGAACACAGACCCAUGGCAGAAGGUCAAGUUAUUCCCAAGACUAUGAAGACCUACUAGAUACAGAGAAAGCCCCAACACAUUUCACAGUGGCAGCAAUUUGACACUUCAUGCUCAAAACACAAAAAGAAAAUAUGCAUUUGAGGGCACAAAUCUUUAGCUGUCCAUAGUUUGAGUUAUAUUUAACAAAGACUAGGGCUUUUUUUCAUGGCUUGAUUCAUCUUCAGUUUUCACAUCACAAAAUAAAGGGGCUGGAGAAGGCCUGUGAAAAUGUACGCAGUAUGUGGACUGCCUUAGAGGUCUUUGACAUUUUUAGAAAAUUGUGGGGAAAAAAAGCAUUUUUUAUUUUUAUUUUCCGCAUUGGCUAACAUUCCAAUAAAUGAAAAUCCUUACCCCACUGUGCCAGGAGUUAUUUGUGAUGUUUAAUCACACAAGAUUUCUUUUUUUAACCUCUGAUACACAAAGUGCCUUUCUGAUCACCGAUAUUAAAGAUUUAUUUAAAACUAAAACUGAUGUAUUACACUGUUUACUACUGCACCCUGAAUUGUGCUAAAGCCACUGUCACUAAUAAAUUUAUAAAGCACGAGAUAUUAUAGUAUCGGCCUUCUGUAUUAGCUACACAUUUCUGGGGUUAUGAUGCAAGGUGGUAUUUGAGUGUUUCCUCUUGCUUUAGAAGUGGCAGUCUCCUUAACAAGUCCGUUGUGUUACUAACCUAUAUUUAAGUGAAAAAUAUUUUGAAUUGGCUUAUCUAAUAAAAUUCAAUUUUAUUGCAA